GCGGGUGCUUUUGGGGGCGCGCGAUUCGGGAUUCGAUAGAAGCUCUGGUGGCAGUGGUGUCGCUUACUCUCCGCACUGUCUGAUGGCUGGCAUUACGCAAUUUCCAGUCCUCUCCCGAUCUCGCGUUCCACAAUAAAAAUACCGACCUAUGCAUUUCUUUAGUUUACUACUGUUCCAUUUUAUGUUAAACAGGAUGCUGAGGAGUGUUUGUGGUCCUAUAAUCUACUGUGUUCGCUAGGAUUUGAUGCUGUACUCAGGACUCUAUACGGGUGUCAUGACGAUGCAGCGAUUUGGCCAUGGAGGAUGACAAAAUCCAGUUAAUGUAUUGGAAAGCAAUAAUAAUGGUGUUAGUUUUGGCAAUGACUGGAUUAAAUAGUGAUGGAGCUCUUUGUCCAGCUGCUUGCAAGUGUGAAAAUGAUAUCCUUACAACUUCGUGUUCUUCUGCCAAUCUGGAGUUCGUUCCUAUUCAGCUAAACCCAGAACUGCAUGAGUUGGAUCUCUCUAACAACAAAAUAUCGCAGAUUCACUUCUCCUUUCCGUUCUACGAAAAAUUAGUCACUUUAAAUCUAUCCACAAAUAGAAUAAAAACAUUGGGCAAUAAUAAUUUCGAAUCGCAGAUAAACUUGACCCACUUAGAUUUAAGCACUAAUCAAAUAGAAAACAUAACGAAAGAUUCCCUCAAAGGACUUAAAGCGUUGACAUACUUAGAUCUAAGUAGAAAUAAUUUAGGAGAACUACAGGAACCAGCAUUCCGCGAAUUACAUUCCCUCAUUGUUCUAAAGCUUCGAGAGAAUAAACUGGCUCAUCUAGAGGAAGGUUUAUUUGUAUCGGUGAAGAACCUGAGAGAGUUGUAUCUAAACGAUAACCAGUUUUUAGAAGUACCAACCAACUGCUUGGUUGAUACACUUAACUUAAAUUAUUUAUCGUUGUCUAAAAAUUAUAUCCGUGAGAUAGAAGAUGGAAAAGUGCCAACCUUACCAGAACUCCAUACUUUACUCUUAGAUGAUAAUCUUAUAACAAAUAUUCAUUCUGGUGGAUUAUCAAGUCUUGUAGCUCUUGAUUAUUUGGAUUUAAGUAAUAAUAAUCUCAAGAUUAUACCUACCGAAUCUCUUUCCAAACUGUCUAGUCUUAGUAUGUUAAAAUUAAGUGGUAACUUUAUAAGUGAUAUUCCACCAGUAGCAUUUAGGGGUUUGUUUCAUUUGAAAAUACUUCAUAUAGACCGUCUAGAAACGUUAAAAAAAAUUGAUGCCAGAGCAUUUGUUGACAAUAUUAAUUUAGAAAAAGUAAAUUUAAAUUACAAUAUAGGAAUAAGUAAAUUACCGACACGUCUUUUCCAUGGUAACCCUAAAAUCAAAUCUAUCUGUGUGCGUUAUAACAGUCUGCAAACUAUAGAGGCAAUUCACUUUCCUUUAGAUCAAUUAAGAGAACUCAACUUAGGAGGGAAUCCACUGCAAUGUAAUUGCUCCUUGGGGUGGCUGUGGCAGCUUAGCCAAGAGUACAAAUCAAAACCCUCGAAAUUAAAUAGUACGAAUAAAGACCAAAAUGCCAAAUUUACGAAUUAUGACCUCUUACUCGACGUGGAAGACAUCAAGUGUGAUGGACCUAUAGAGCUUAAAGAGGCGCUUCUGUCCAAUGCCACGAAAAGCCAGAUGGACUGUUCAAAUGGUUGGAUGGCCAUUGUAUCAGUGACUCUAACCGUUCUUUUUAUCUUAGUAGUAAUAGGUGGAGUUGUGUAUUGGGCUCCGAAGCGUAAAUCCAAAUUAAGUACAAAAGAUUUAUCUAGUCACGAAAGUCUUCAAAAUUUACCUUCCACAAACAUUAACAAAAAGUCUGAGUUAUAUGAAACGGCACAGGCAGAAAAAUAUCUUUUGCCGAAUCCAAUUAUUAUUCAUAAUGAAUAUCAUAGUUUACCAUCCUGGGACCCUUAUGGUGAAAGCUCUGUAAAUAUAUAUGAACAAUUAAAUUUUAAUAGAGAUCGUCCACAUAUUGUUUACGUGUAAAAAAACCUUUUUUUGUACUAACUUAUUAUACCGAACUAUUUAUUGUACAGUGAUCUGUACAAGGUGAUUCAAUGGCAACCAGGCAUACUCUAACAGUAGAUUUAUUUAUUAUUUAUUUAACGUAUGGCAUUUCGACACAUUUAGAAGGUUCCAAUAAACAAUAAACAAGUUAUAUCAAAAUUGUCUCUAUAUAAAAAUACUUAAUCAUAAACAAAUUUAUGGACAAACAUUGAGAUCUUUUAGAACGUUAGUUACCAUCAUAGCUAUCUUAAUUUUAUUUACUGCCACCCUAAAUAGCGUGCUUGUAUCAAUACCAUAACAAUCUCGCAAGCUUUUCAACCAUGAAGUCCUUCUUCGUCCUGCUAUUUUCCCUUGCAUAAUAUUUUGUAGUAAAUUAUAUUUGGGACGUCUCAUUACAUGUCAGAAAUACUCCAGCUUUCCCUUCUUAAUACUUUUUAUAAUCUCAGUAGUAUUGCUAAGACGUUCUAAUGUUGUGGAGUUUCGAAUCUUUAACACCCAAGAAACUUUAAAAAUUCUUCUAUAGUGCUACAUUUCGAAAGCCUCAAGGCAAUUUAGAUCAAUGUUAUUCACAGUCCAAGACUCGACACCAUAAAGUAAGACCGAAAACACGUAGCAACGAAGUAAGCGGAUCCUCACUUCUAAAAUCGGCUCUUGCCUGCUCUAUUCUGGCUCUAAUUUCACCGUGACUCUCUGCGUUACAAUUUAACUGAUAUGCAAGGUAAACAAUUUGAUCAACUUGCUCAAGUUUGGUAUUAUUUACGUAUUAGACGGUUUUACAUUCUGUCUACAGAUCUACAAAGAAUUUCGCAAUGUAGUGAGCGAAGAAUUUGGUCUGUCACUAAAAAUAAAGAAAACAAAAUUCAUGGUUAUAUCAAAGAAAAAUAUUAGAAACAUCAAUCUACACGUCAAUAAUAAGACGAUAGAACGAGUUCAGAAUUAUAACUAUUUAGGGACAAACAUUAAUGAAACAAACGAUUAUACCAAAGAAAUUAGAGUUAGAAAAGAAAAGGCUAGAAGUGCAUCUUAGAAAACGUGUACUAAAAUGAUAUGUAUUUUCUAUUCUUUUGUACGGUGUGGAGACAUGGACUCUUAAUAAACAAUGUCUCAAUAGGUUGGAAGCAUUUGAAAUGUGGAAAUGUUGAGAAUCUCCUGGACAGACAGAAUAACCGAUGAAGAAGUACUAAGAAGAAUAGAGAACAGCAGGGAGAUACUGGAUUCAAUCUAAAUAAGAAAACUGCAAUACUUGGGCCAUAUAACACGUGGUGACAGAUAUCUAUCUAUCUAUCUAAUCAGCACCAUCCAUCCUUGGAUAUAGGCCUCCUCUUCCUUCUUCCAUGCCUCUCUAUCUUGGGCAAUUUGCAUCCAUUUUGACCCAGUGUGUUUCUUCAGGUCAUCUGACCAUCGCAUCUGUGGCCUUUCAAUUUUUCGUUUGUGGUUCCACGGUCUUCUUCUUAACGUGCCCUAUCAAGUCCCCUUGACGUUGGCGAUUAACAUGGCGAAACUGUCUCUGUCUCGAGCUAUUCUAAAUAGGUGUUCUGCUUUCUUUAUUCCUGUCCACUCCCGGAUAUUCUUCAACCAAGAGGCCUGCUUUCUACCAAUUCCUCUGCGUCCUUCGAUUUUACCCAUCAUAAUAAGUUGAAGAAUAUUAUACCGACCACGGUCUCCAAUGUAUAAUCAUCUUAGUCCAUCUUUCAUCCUUCUGCCGUAGGGUGUGUCCGGCGAGCAUAUUUACAGAUGCUUGCGUGUGUAGACACCAGGGUGUUGAAAUCAGUUAGGGUUUGGAAAAACAGUACAUUUGCACAUGCUAGCGCGUGUUGACACCACGGUGUUGAAAUCAGUUAGGGUUUGGAAAAACAGUACGUUUACAGACGCUAGCGUGUGUUGACACUAGGGUGUUGAAAUCAGUUAGGGUUUGGAAAAACAGUACAGUUACAAAUACUAGCAGAUUUGGACACCAAAGUGUUGAAUCCAGCUAGCUUUUUUAGUAAUUAAUAUACAUGCAUAAAUGCUAACGGCUAUUGACUUUGAUUUUAUAUACCUACUGCUGUGGAAAAAUAUUUAAGUGAUUUAGGUAUUACUAAAUAAUUAAAUGUUGUUGGGAUAUAAACAA